AUGUCUAUCUGGGACACCAUCUCAGGCCGAAAGCAGACGGCUGGAACCGCUGAAUUCGAUCCAACCUCCGCUACAGAUGUCACCUCCUUUCUCUCUAAUACUGCCAUUCCCGACCCAUCAGAGCUGCACCCUCUGGCUGGUCUAAACCAAGACACCCUCGAUUAUCUGACACUCGAAGAUUCGGCAUUGAGCGAUUUGCCUGGCUCUCAGUCUGCUCUGCCAUCAAGAGGAUGGUCUGACGAUCUUAGUUACGGUACCGGAACGACAUAUCUCGUUGCUCUUACGGCAGGAGGAGCCUGGGGCCUUAUCGAAGGGUUGAAGAGAUCGCCCGCCGCGGCCUCGCCGAAGCUGCGUCUUAACAGCGUACUCAACUCGGUGACCCGACGGGGCCCGUUCUUGGGUAACUCCGCUGGUGUCGUUGCGUUAGUGUAUAACGGUGUGAACUCGACGAUCGGACAUGUGAGAGGAAAGCACGAUGCGGCGAACAGCAUUGUUGCCGGCGCUCUGAGUGGCAUGCUUUUCAAGAGCACCAGGGGAGUUCGGCCCAUGAUGAUUUCUGGAGCCAUUGUAGCUAGCAUUGCUGGUGCAUGGACUGUAUCUCGACGUGUCUUCUUUUCCUGA